AUGGCCUUCCUACCCCCUCACUGUACCCCCCUCUUGGGCUUGUGGUUGUCUCUGUGUGUCCUCCUAGUCCUGGUCCGGGAGGUCCAUGGAGAAGACCCUACUAGUCAUCAGAUCGGCGGGGGUAGCGGGGGCUCCCAGUGCGGGGACUACAGUAACCAGGUGAUGGAGGAUGGGAUGUGCCGUCUGGUGGCCACCCUGCCCCAGACGGAGGACCAGCGCUGUCCAGACAUGUUCCGUUGCACAGACGAGGUCUCCUACUGGCUGCAUGAAAAUGAGGAGAGGAAACAGCAGAUUCUGUCGCUGAGGGAGACCAUCUCAGAGCUUCAGGAGGAGCUGAGGAACCACAGGCACCGCGUCAAGGUUCUGGAGCUGCAGGUGGGUUCUAGAGAUAUAACUGGAGGAAUAGGCUAAUGGUGUAGAGAAAUAGAUGGCGUUCAAAUUCUAGAACUAGAGUUCUAGAACGACAGUGGAAAAACAAGUAGGCCAGGGUUAUAGAGCUUUAUGGAAAUGAAAGUUCAAAUACAGAUACAGUGCUCUAGUUUCUGUAUGAGUGUGUAAGGCUGGAGGUGAGCCACUGCUUCAGACUCAGAGCAGGACGUGCCAGUGGUCUAGAAUUGCAGGUGAGCAACUGUUCUUGAGAUACUGCUGUGGUUACUUUACGUUAAACUGAAUGCUGAAAGCUUCUGGAACACGCUCUAACCCUACGUCAUAAAGGAUUACUUCAGCCAACUAACACACACAUACUGUAGACACACACAUACACACUGACACCUGUCUCUGUUACUCCCCCUGUGCUGUGGCAGCCGGUUGCUUACGGUAUCUCUCCAGGUGUCCCUCCCUCCUAGCAAGUCCUUGACCCUGGCGCUAAGGGGAUUAGCCCUGGGUACUCUGGCCUGGCUCUCCUGGCCCUGCUGGCCCUCCUCCACCACGUGCUGCCUCGUGUGUCUGUGACACUGGGACUUAGCCCUUUGGCUAACCAUGGCUUUUACCUGGUCUGGGACGAAAGGGGGAUCGGGCCACUGGAAUGUGGUUAGGGAUAUGGGCUGGGAAUAGAGCGCCUGUAGGUGGGAUGGUUGGAGUUAGGCCUUGCUUAGGUGGUUGAAUCCCGUCUGUCUGUCUGUCUUUGUAAUUUCCAUUAUCCUUCUUACUCCCUUUCUCUCACUCUCUCUGCAUAUCUCUUUUUCUGGCGUCAUACAGUAUAUUGCCCCACUCUUAUAUCACAACACUUCUCACCUUAUUCCAGGGAAAUAGGGCAUAGCAGUUAGACAGACUUUUCUUAGCAUGUACAGUACAUCCGUGUUUUAUGAAAAUGUACUAUUUAUUUAUUAGACAUUUUGUAGGAUGAAAUCUCUUGAGAUGCACCAUCUCGUGUCCAAAAAAACACAAAAAAACAACAACAAUACUUAAUAACAUUAAUAAUAUGGCAACUACUGUCUAAAAAUAAUAACAUUGAAAUAAUAAUAAUAAUAAAAUUAAAAAAGUACAUUAACAACAUAAAAAAAGUGUUAAUAGGCCUACAACUAAUAAAAAGUACUGCUACAACUACUAAUACAACUAAGUACUUAUAAUACAUACAUACAGUGCCUUGCAAAAGUAUUCAUCCCCCUUGGCGUUUUUCCUAUUUUGUUGCAUUAUACCUGUAAUUUAAAUGGAUUUUUAUUUGGAUUUCAUGUAAUGGACAUACACAAAAUAGUCCAAAUUGGUGAAGUGAAAUGAAAAAAAUAAAUAACGGAAAAGUGGUGCGUGCAUAUGUAUUCACCCCCAUUGCUAUGACGCCCCUAAAUAAGAUCUGGUGCAACCAAUUACCUUCAGAAGUCACAUAAUUAGUUAAAUAAAGUCCACCUGUGUGCAAUCUAAGUGUCACAUGAUCUGUCACAUGAUCUCAGUAUAUAUACACCUGUUCUGAAAGGCCCCAGAGUCUGCAACACCACUAAGCAAGGGGCAUCACCAAGCAAGCGGCACCAUGAAGACCAAGGAGCUCUCUAAACAGGUCAGGGACAAAGUUGUGGAGAAGUACAGUUCAGGGUUGGGUUAUAAAAAAAUAUCAGAAACUUUUAACAUCCCACGGAGCACCAUAAAAUCCAUUAUUAAAAAAUUGAAAGAAUAUGGCACCACAACAAACCUGCCAAGAGAAGGCCGCCCAUCAAAACUCACGGACCAGGCAAGGAGGGCAUUAAUCAGAGAGGCAACAAAGAGACCAAAGAUAACCCUGAAGUAGCUGCAAAGCUCCACAGCGGAGAUUGGAGUAUCUGUCCAUAGGACCACUUUAAACUGUACACUCCACAGAGCUCGGCUUUACGGAAGAGUGGCCAGAAAAAAGCCAUUGCUUAAAGAAAAAAACAAGCAAACAGGCAUGUGGGAGACUCCCCAAACAUAUGGAAGAAGGUACUCUGGUCAGAUGAGACUAAAAUUGAGCUUUUUGGCCAUCAAGGAAAACGCUAUGUCUGGCGCAAACCCAACACCUCUCAUCACCCCGAGAACACCAUCCCCACAGUGAAGCAUGGUGAUGGCAGCAUGAUGCUGUGGGGAUGUUUUUCAUCGGCAGGGACUGGGAAACUGGUCAGAAUUGAAGGAAUGAUGGAUGGCGCUAAAUACAGGGAAAUUCUUGAGGGAAACCUGUUUCAGUCUUCCAGAGAUUUGAGACUGGGACGGAGGUUCAUCUUGCAGCAGGACAAUGACCCUAAGCAUACUGCUAAAGCAACACUCAAGUGGUUUAAGGGGAAACAUUUAAAUGUCUUGGAAUGGCCUAGUCAAAGCCCAGACCUCAAUCCAAUUGAGAAUCUGUGGUAUAACUUAAAGAUUGCUGUACACCAGCGGAACCCAUCCAACUUGAAGGAGCUGGAGCAGUUUUGCCUUGAAGAAUGGGCAAAAAUCCCAGUGGCUAGAUGUGCCAAGCUUAUAGAGACAUACCCCAAGAGACUUACAGCUGUAAUUGCUGCCAAAGGUGGCUCUCCAAAGUAUUGACUUUGGUGGGGGGGGGGUGGGGGGGGUGGGGGGGGGGGGGGGGGGGGGUGAAUAGUUAUGCACGCUCAAGUUUUCAGUUUUUUUGUCUUAUUUCUUGUUUGUUUCACAAGAACAAAUAUGUUGCAUCUUCAAAGUGGUAGGCAUGUUGUGUAAAUCAAAUGAUACAAACCCCCAAAAAAUCUAUUUUAAUUCCAGGUUGUAAGGCAACAAAAUAGGAAAAAUGCCAAGGGGAAUGAAUACUUUUGCAAGCCACUGUACAUAUUUACACACAUCCUCACAUAGUGGUGUUUUUAUUAGUUAAAACCACAAACAGUUUGAUCUUAACAUUUGAAAAAGGGCUUUCUUAAAUUCACUGUAUGAUUGUAAUGUCCUGAUUUCUGUAGGUAAAUUGUUCCAGUCAGUUGGGUCUUUGUAUCUGAAAGAUCUUACUCCAACCUCAUGAUGUACCCUUGGAAUUUGUGACUGCUACUGUUGUUGAAAGGAGUAGUGUGAGUCUUGUAAAGUUAGUAAAUACAGGGAAUUUUUUUAUAUAUACAGGAAACAGGAGGUUGGUGGCACGUUAAUUGGGGAGGACGGGCUCGUGGUAAUGGCUGGAGCGAAAUUUGUGGAAUGGUAUCAAAUAGAUAAAACAAAUGUUUUUUUCCAUGUGUUUGAUGCCAUUCCAUUUACUUAGUUCCAGACAUUAUUAUGAGCCAUCCUCCCCCAGCAGCCUCCACUGAUACAGGGAAAUUUAAGUUGAUACAUUUAGAAAGAAAUUGGUACCAAUGCAGCUGUCUUCUGUUAGGGAGUGACAGCCCAUUUAGUGAUUCACACAUUGUGCAAUAAUGUGUCUUUACAAUUCUUAGAUCUGUAUAGUAAUCCAAGCUUAUAGUUUUUAGGGGGUAGAUCAGCUUUAAUUUUGCAGAUAGAUUGUAGCUUCCAUCAAUGUAAUUGUCUGCAUCACUUCCAAUCCCCCAUGUAUUUUUUGCAAAUAUAUACACUACCAGUCAAAAGUUUGGACACACCUACUCAUUCAAGGGUUUUUCUUUAUUUGUACUAUUUUUUACAUUGUAGAAUAAUAGUGAAGACAUCUAAACUAUGAAAUAACACACAUGGAAUCAUGUAGUAACCAUAAAAGGGAGGGGGGGGGGGGGGGGGGGGGGGUAUACAGAAGAUAGCCCUAUUUGGUAAAAGACCAAGUCUAUAUUAUGGCAAGAACAGCUCAAAUAAGCAAAGAGAAACGACAGUGCAUCAUUACUUUAAGACUUGAAGGUCAGUCAAUAUGGAACAUUUCAAGAACUUUGAAAGUGUCUUCAAGUGCAGUCACAAAAACCAUCAAGCGCUAUGAUGAAACUGGCUCUCAUGAGGACCGCCACAGGAAUGGAAGACCCAGAGAUACCUCUGCUGCAGAGGACAAGUUCAUUAGAGUUACCAGCCUCAGAAAUUGCAGCCCAAAUAAAUGCUUCACAGAGUUCAAGUCACAGACACAUUUCACCAUCAACUGUUCAGAGGGGACUGUGUGAAUCAGGCCUUCAUGGUCGAAUUGCUGCAAAGAAACCACUACUAAAGGACACCAAUAGGGAAGAGACCUGCUUGGGCCAAGAAACACAAGCAAUGGACAUUAGACCGGUGGAAAUGUCUCCUUUGGUCUGGAGUCCAAAUUGAAGAUUUUUGGUUCCAACCGCCGUGUUUUUGUGAGACGCGGUGUGCGUGAACGGAUGAUCUCUGCAUGUGUCGUUCCCACCGUAAAGCACGGAGGAGGAGGUGUUAUGAUGCGGGGGUGCUUUGCUGGUGACACUGUCUGUGAUUUAUUUAGAAUUCAAGGCACACUUAACCAGCAUGGCUACCACAGAAUUCUGCAGCGAUAUGCCAUCCCAUCUAGUUCGGGCUUAGUGGGACUAUCAUUUGUUUUUCAACAGGACAAUGACCCAACACACCUCCAGGCUGUGAAAGGGCUAUUUUACCAAGAAGGAGAGUGAUGGAGUGCUGCAUCAGAUGACCUGGCCGCCACAAUCCCCUGACCUCAACCCAACUCAGAUGGUUUGGGAUGAGUCGGACGGCAGAGUGAAGGAAAAGCAGCCAACAAGUGCUAAGCAUAUGUGGGAACUCCUUCAAGACUGUUGGAAAAGCAUUCCAGGUGAAGCUGGUUGAGAGAAUGCCAAGAGUGUGCAAAGCUGUCAUCAAGGCAAAGGGUGGCUAUUUCAAGAAUUUUACGACCUAAAAUAUAUUUGGAUUUGUUUAACACUUUUUUGGUUACUACGUGUUAUUUCAUAGUUUUGAUGUCUUCACUAUUAUUCUACAAUGUAGAAAAUAGUAAAAAUAAAGAAACACCCUUGUAUGAGUAGUUGUGUCCAAACUUUUGACUGGUACUGUAUACAUACACAUAUAAAUACAUACAUAUACACAUACAUACAUACAUACAUAUAAAUACAUAUACAUACAUAUAUAUACAUAUCCUUAAAAAAAAAAAAAUCCUUUAUUAAUUGCUAACCCUACCACCUCUCCCCUAAUUGGAGUAAACUAGUAAACAACAACACUUAGGCCUCUACUUCCAGCUUAUACAUACUAUAUACAUUUUAUGGACACAGUCUAUUUUACAAUAGUUCUAUUUUGUUUGUUUUUACUCCUGUCCUUCCUCUACCCUCAACCUCUCCCAUCUAUGUCUGAUGUCCAUCCAGUUUGAUUUCUAUUUGCCAUAUCUUUCAAACUGUGCUCUUUCACAAAAGUUCUUAACCUAUAACCUAUAUACGUUUUACGGACACAUUAUGUUUUACAUUAGUUAUCUUUAUGUUAUUAGUUGUUAUCCAAGCUUAUAGUUAAUUGUUUUUCUAAUAUAAUCAAUAUGCUUUCCAAAAGAUUAUUCAGAAUAUAUCCUCAAACCCAGAUAUUUCAAACAAUCAACACUUUCAAGCAUUGUUCCAUCACUUGCAUGGAUUUUGAAAUGGCCAGCUGUGGAGUUUAUUCUUUGCUGUGUACUUAUCCAUGCAUCAUUUUCUUAAUGUGUGUGUGUGUGUGUGUGUGUGUGUGUGUGUGUGUGUGUGUGUAUAUAUCAGAGUGAGGAGAAGAACCGUAUUAACUCAUCCUUGGAGAAUCGUUUCCAUGAAUUGGAGACGCACUAUGCCGAGGCCACCACACUAGUGCACUUACAAGGGACCCUCAUCUACGACCUUCAGGUACACAGUACAGUACAGUACACAUAUUAAUAAUCCAAAUACUUUUUUUCAAACAUGUUGAGAGCUUGUUGCCAAGUUUUUUUUGCCGGUUGUCUGUCUCUCUAGGCCCAGAUCCAUAACCUGUCUCGGCUGGUAGAGAGCGUACGGAGGAACCCUGGCUGUAUGAUCAACAUUGUCGGCACCAGCCCUCAGAUGAGUUCAGAGGAGGCCCUGCAUCCAGGUACAUAUACACCCAUUCUUGAUAAACACACACAAUAUCAGAUAUAUAAGUUAAUAUUAUAGCCUUAUUUUAGAUUUAUUUAACACAUCUACAAUUCAUUGGAGCCAAGUUCUACAAUUUACCAGUAGGGGGAGACAAGCCUCCUUAAAAGUUCUCAUCUGAGCCCAAUAUCCCACUGUUCAUCUCUGCUCAAAUACUGCAUUUUUUUAGAUUGUGUCAAAUACUGAUGAAACGCUCUGUUUUCUCUGUCCCCCAGAGGUGCAGCAUGUGAGGAACUGUCCUAUAGAUUGUGCGUCUAUCUACUAUAACGGUGUGAGGCGCUCUGGUCUGUACACGGUGGUGCCUUCACUGGGGGCCAUGCCUGUCGAGGUCUACUGUGACAUGGAGACAGAGGGUGAGGGUUAUAUACACUCACACGUGUCACACACAAACAUAGUUGGUUUUUGGUUUGAAGAACCAGUUUGAUCAGUCAAUAACGUUUCCUCAUAAUGUGUGUUUUGCAUGUUUAAUGUAUACGUAUCCUCUCCUUCUCCCAGGUGGUGGCUGGACGAUGCUCCAGCGGCGUGUUGAUGGCUCUGUGACCUUUGACCGGAGCUGGAGGGAGUAUAAGGAUGGGUUUGGUGAUUUGCAUUCUGAGUUCUGGCUGGGCAACGACCACAUCCAUGACCUGACCAGCCAGGGAGACUAUAGCCUCAGGAUUGACCUGGAGGACUGGAGCAACAAGCACAAACACGCCCUCUACGAGAGCUUCAGGUGGGGCUUAGAGACAAACAUGCACACACAGGCACGCAGCCACAUCACACACAAACAUAGACAUUCUACCAAUAGAGUGCCUUUUGGGUAGUGUGAUUGGUAGUGUAAUUUGAACAUUAUGUCAUGAAAGAAUAUUAUAAAGAAUAUUAUAAACGGACUGUAAAAGUGACUGGGUUGACCGUAAAAGUGUUGACAAUUUAAUAUUUAUCAGCCGUAACUCCCCAUGUGACAGGGGGAAUGAAAGAUUGUUGUGUGCAACAGGGAGGGGGAAUUGAAUGCAAGCUUAGCAACAAUAUUUUAACUUGUUAAAACAUUUCUAGCCUAUAAUGGGUAACAGGGUUGACGACAUGUUAUGCUCGAUGUGCUCAGUUUUCCACCACAAAACACCAGAAAAUGGCAAAAAAUAGUAGAACCAGCUCAACUGCUUUUACACUAUGAUUUGACUAUUAAUGUUCAAUGUUUCUUUUGAAAAAGGAAUAGUUUUACCAUAUUAAAACGAGAGUCCAGUUCACGUUUCAGGGUAGACCUUAAACCCGAGGGACAAAUGUUAAUUUAUCACUAAUCACAUUAAAUAAGUAAAAACCUCAGAAAUUACUUUUCCAAAGCAACAAAAUAACCAGGGCUUUACAACAAUGGUGAAAACUUGGGAAAAUCUUGGGGUUAAGUAGGUUAACUUUUUUGCAGAAGUUGGACAUUCCAAAAUGGGGAUUUUCUGAGAAAACAAAUUAUUUAUUUGAAUGAAAACACGCACUGUUAUUGGAAUUUGGAAUGACCCAGACAUUCUCUUUUGGGUGGCAUUGUGUGUCUCGAUACAGUGUGGAUGGGGAGGACAGCCAGUACUGUCUCCACGUGUCUGGGUUCAGUGGCACGACGGAGGACUCAUUCAGCUGGUACCAUGACAAGCAGGGCUUCAGCACCCCCGACACGGGCAACAUCUGUGCUGAGAUCUCCCACGGAGGCUGGUGGUACAACCAGUGCUUCUACGCCAACCUCAACGGAGUCUACUACAGGGUAACAACCUCAACAUACAGACAGACCCAUGCACACACACACACACACAGCACAAUAAAUGACCUUAUCAGAUAGAACGUGAAUGGUAUGUGAGUGUUUGAUAAUGGUAUGUGUGUAAUGAUAACAAAAAACAUAUUCAUAACCAAUCAAAUGUUUUUUUAUAAUCCCCUUUUUACAUCAGCAGUUGUGACAAAGUGCUUUGCCGAUAUUUACAGACCUAUAGAUAUCUGAUCACCGGUAUUCCUCCCGUUACCACCCUGACCUCUGACCCUGACUGUGUUUGUGACCCCACAGGGAGGCCGGUAUUCCCCCAAGGGGAAGAACCCUCUAGGACCAGACGGAAUCGUGUGGUAUUCCUGGAAGGACUCGGACUACUACUCUCUAAGGAAAGUCAGUAUGAUGAUCCGCCCACGCACCUUCCGCCCACGUAUGUCGCCCUGAGCAACCACCGCAUGGCCAUGACAACCACCCCUGACAAUGGUCAGGCUCC